CCCUCUGGCCGUUCCCGGAAGCGGUGAGGGCGCUCCCGGCGCUUCCGGCCGGGCGAGGAAGGGGCGGGAGGGGGGAAGGAGGAAGGGAAGGGAAAGGAAAGGAAGGGAAAGGAAAGGAAGGAGAGGAGGAGGAAGGAGGGGCUGAGGCGGCCGCGCACCGACCGGCGGGACCCGCCACAGGAGAUCGUGCGCGGCUCCCGCCGGGGCCGCCAGCCAUGCGCACGGCGGGAUGAAGCUGCAGGCGGUGGUGGAGCAGCUGCAGAAGCAGCAGCAGCAGCAGCAGCAGCAGCAGCAGCAGCCGGCGGUGCCCAUGGAUUGCCGGGAGCGCCGCCGGGAGCCGCAGGUGCCCUUCCCGACGCCGCCGCCCUUCCCCGGCCAGCCCCGCGCCGGGCGCGCCCCGGGGAUGGCACCCGCUGUCCCCCCGGGGAUGGCACCCGCCGUCCCCACGGGCAGAGCCCCCGCCACGGCCGGCCGGCCCUUGGAGCAGAGCAGCGGGAACUCUGAGGACGAGGAGGACGAGGAGGACGAGGAGGAGGAGGAGGAGGAUGAAGAGGAGGAGGAGGAAGAAGACGGCGCCGAGCUGGAGGACGGCGCCGGGGUGCCCGGCCAGGAGAGCCGCUCUGCCCUCCCGUAUUUCCGCGCUCCCAAAGGUGCCCAUGCCAGCCAGAGAGCGGGAUCUGCCGCCAGCCCCGUGCCGGGCGCGGGGCACCCGCGGGGCGCCCAGCAGGGCAAGGAGGAGCAGGGCAAAGACUCUGCCAAGCAUUGCGGAGCCUCGGCGGGGCGCCCCGGCUGGCGCCCGGACGAGCAGCUCAAACAGAACGGCGGCGUGAGCUGGAGCGACGAAGGCGACGGCUGCCGGGGAAGGGAAAUCUCCCGAGACUUUGCCAAGCUCUACGAACUGGACAGCGACCCCGAGCGCAAGGAGUUCCUGGAUGACCUCUUCAUCUUCAUGCAGAAGAGGGGAACUCCCAUCAACAGGAUCCCCAUCAUGGCCAAGCAGAUCCUGGACCUCUACAUGCUCUACAAGCUGGUGACGGAGAAGGGCGGGCUGGUGGAGAUCAUCAACAAGAAGAUCUGGAGGGAGAUCACCAAAGGCCUUAACCUGCCCACCUCCAUCACCAGCGCCGCCUUCACCCUGCGCACCCAGUACAUGAAGUACCUCUACGCCUACGAGUGCGAGAAGAAGUCUCUGAGCUCCCCGGCCGAGCUCCAGGCCGCCAUCGACGGCAACCGGCGCGAGGGCCGGCGGCCCAGCUACAGCUCCUCCCUGUUCAGCUACUCGCCCUCCACGCCGGGGCCUCCUUCCCUGCUGUCCCCCCCCAAAAUCCGCUUCCCCAUCAUCGGCGUGGCGCCGGGCGGCGCCGCCGGCAACCCCCGCGUGUCGCCGGCCCUCAGGAAAGGUGACGGCGUGCCCCUGGCCGUGUCCAUGCCGAGCCGCGUGGCCGUGCCGGUGACGCUGGGUGGCCAGCAGGCCGCCGCGGCGGCCAGGACGGCCACGCUGGAGCAGCUGAGGGAGCGGCUGGAGGCGGGAGAGCCCCCGGAGAAGAAGGUGCCGCGGAUGACGGAGGAGGAGCAGCGGCUGGUGCAGCAGGCCCUGCAGCGCAACCUGUUCAGCAUGGCCCGGCAGAUCCCCAUGAAGAUCAAAAUCAACGGGAAAGACAAGGCCGACUCCGCGGCGGCGGCGCUGAACCUGUCCCCCAACGGCAUCGGCAGCAUCAACAUGUCCGUGGAGAUCAACGGCACCACCUACGCUGGGGUGCUGUUUGCCCAGAAGCCCGUGGUGCAGCUCCUGGCCGGCUCGGGCCCGCAGAGCUCGUGCAGCAGCAGCAGCAGCAGCAGCAGCAGCAGCUCCCACUGCUCCCCCAGCCCUACCUCAUCGCGGGGCACGCCCGGCGCAGAGCCCUCCACCAGCUGGUCCCUGUGACGGCCGCUGCCCCGGGAGUGCACACAUACCUCACCUCAAGGAACCUGCUCUCGUGGCUGCAGCACCUGGAGGAUGAUGAUGAUGAUGACGAUGGUGUUGGUGGUGGUGGUGGUGGUGAUGGUGGUGAAACCUUUCCAUGCCAGCGAGUUUUCCUUCAUCGUCUCUUUGUCCGGCCUUUUUUUGGCUUUGUUCCACCCCUUUCCUUCCUCCAUUUUCCUCUUUGUUUCCUCCUCCUCCUCCUCCUCCUCCCAGGGUGUGUGGUGUUCCCACGGAGGGGGGGCACACCUGGCGUUUCUCAAUCAGGGAUGGCUCUGGGGCCACAGCUCCUGGGAUGUCACCAGGGCAGGGACAGGACUGGGGCUGGGAACCCUGGUUCUGCUGGAGCCCUGGUUCUGCUGGAGCCCUGGUUCUGCUGGAGCCCUGGUUCUGCUGGAGCCCUGGUUCUGCUGGAGCCCUGGUUCUGCUGGGACCCUGGUUCUGCUGGGACCCUGGUUCUGCUGGGAGCCCUGGUUCUGCUGGAGCCCUGGUUCUGCUAGAGCCCUGGUUCUGCUGGGAACCCUGGUUCUGCUGGAGCCCUGGUUCUGCUGGGAGCCUGGUUCUGCUGGAGCCCUGGUUCUGCUGGGAGCCCUGGUUCUGCUGGGAACCCUGCUUCUACUGGGAACCCUGGUUCUGCUGGAGCCCUGGUUCUGCUGGAGCCCUGGUUCUGCUGGGAACCCUGGUUCUGCUGGAGCCCUGGUUCUGCUGGGAGCCCUGGUUCUGCUGGGACCCUGGUUCUCCUGGGAACCCUGGUUCUCCUGGGAACCCUGGUUCUGCUGGGAACCCUGGUUCUGCUGGGACCCUGGUUCUGCUAGGAGCCCUGGUUCUCCUGGGAACCCUGGUUCUGCUGGAGCCCUGGUUCUGCUGGAACCCUGGUUCUGCUGGGAACCCUGGUUCUGCUGGGACCCUGGUUCUGCUGGGAACCCUGGUUCUGCUGGAGCCCUGGUUCUGCUGGAGCCCUGGUUCUGCUGGGAACCCUGGUUCUGCUGGGAACCCUGGUUCUGCUGGAGCCCUGGUUCUGCUGGAGCCCUGGUUCUGCUGGGAACCCUGGUUCUGCUGGAGCCCUGGUUCUGCUGGAGCCCUGGUUCUGCUGGGACCCUGGUUCUGCUGGAGCCCUGGUUCUGCUGGGAACCCUGGUUCUGCUGGAGCCCUGGUUCUGCUGGAACCCUGGUUCUGCUGGGAACCCUGGUUCUGCUGGGACCCUGGUUCUGCUGGGAACCCUGGUUCUGCUGGAGCCCUGGUUCUGCUGGAGCCCUGGUUCUGCUGGGAACCCUGGUUCUGCUGGAGCCCUGGUUCUGCUGGAGCCCUGGUUCUGCUGGGAACCCUGGUUCUGCUGGAGCCCUGGUUCUGCUGGAGCCCUGGUUCUGCUGGGACCCUGGUUCUGCUGGAGCCCUGGUUCUGCUGGAACCCUGGUUCUGCUGGAGCCCUGGUUCUGCUAGAGCCCUGGUUCUGCUGGAGCCCUGGUUCUGCUGGGAACCCUGGUCCUGCUGGGAGCCCUGGUCCUGCUGGAACCCUGGUCCUGCUGGGAACCCUGGUCCUGCUGGGAGCCCUGGUUCUGCUGGAGCCCUGGUCCUGCUGGAACCCUGGUUCUGCUGGGAACCAGGGGCCACCAGGGCUCUUCCCACUCACAACUCCAUGUUUUGACAAUCCUGAGAGCCAGGGGGUGCCUGGCCCUGUCCUCCCGUGGCAAUCUGCUCAUGUCCCUUCCUGCUGUGUUCCCGUGUCCUCAGGGGAGGCUCCUGAGCCUCCCUCCUGAUCCUCUCCACGGUUCUGGCACCAUCAGCUGCUUGAUUCUGGCUGGUGCCACCUCCCCCCUCGAGUCCUGAAUGUCCCCGAGUGUCCCUGAGGAGUGGCACGGACAGCCUGGGCGUGCUGGGGCUCCGUGUCCCCGCUCUGUCCCCGAAGCAGGGGCACUCGGGUUGGAGCAGGCUCCCUGGAGCAGCUCUGGAAGCUCUGCAGGGCUGUGUGCUGAGCACAGGGGUGCAGGGGGAACCCAGCUGGGCCCUGUGCAGGUGGGCUGGUUCAUGUGGGGAUCUGGGGCUCUGAGCUGCACCCGAGCAGGGCAGACCUUCUGCUCCCAGCAAGGAGGAAUCCGGCCCUUCCUGGCCCUGGCACCCCCAGCUGGGAGCAGGGCUGGAAUUCCCUGCGAAUCAGCUGCUCAGGUGGCCUGGUGCUGUCCCCCUGUCCCCGUCCCCUGCCCUGGUGACAUCCCUGCCAUCCCUCGUGCCCCGGUGACGUCCUUCCCGUGCUGCAGGCCCGAGUCAGGUUUUUUGAGCAGAUGAAAUACCUCAGAUAUGUACUUGUUGGGUUGUUUUGUUUGUGUUGGGUUGGUUUUUUUUUAACCUCUUCAGGAAGUAUUGGCGUAUCCUAUCGCUUGGGGGCUUUCAUAGGUGGGUUUGCUGACUUUGUGUUUGCUUUUAUUUCUGUUGGCUUUUAAAUGGAUCACCAAAGACAGGGAGUUCAGACAAGGCUGAGCAGAGGAGCAGUGGCUUCCCCACCCUCCGGGAGCCCAGCUCCAGCAUCAUCCCAGGACACGUGCACGGCAGGACAGCGGGAAAACGGGGCAGGGCUGACCUGGCCCUCGGAUCUGUGCGCUCUCCCAGCUCCGGGCUCUGUCCUCCCGCUGCUUCCUGUACUGUGGCAGGGCUGUCCUCGGCCCGCAGCGCCCAGGACUCUCUGGGAUCAGGAGCUGCACGUGUCCUGGGAGGGAUGCUGCUCCCGGCUGUCCCCCUGUGCUCUCAGAGGGAGCGCUGCCCUCCCUGUGGGCGGGGAAGCCGGGCUGACCCGCGGGCUCCGUGGCAUUUCAUCCUCACACACUCCCAGAGGGUUUUCCAGCCUCUGGGACUCAAUCAGAUUAUUUUUCCCCUUUUUUUUCUGGGUUUUCUUUUGGUUGUUUUAUUUUAUUCUUGGGUGGGGUUGGGGCUGUUUCCUCUGAGUGGGACUGGGGCACUUUCUGCUUUUCCCUCUGCUCUGCUCCUUGGCCCCGGGGAGCAGAGGCUGCUCCGGGGUGGGGCUGCUUUGUCUCACUUGCUAACGUUGUGUUUUCUUGCACAGAAAGGCACUCGAAUCACUGAACUGCUUGGACACUACUAGAGUAUUAAAUGUUUAUAAGCUUUACUCAACCUAGACUGGAACUAGCCAGGGACUAACAGAUUGUUUUGUAUCCAAUUCAGGGAAAGAAUCAGGUCGGGAAGCGUUAACAGAUACCUCAGUUAAAUAAGCUGCAACAAUAAACCGGUCCUUUUCCCAGCCCGGGGUGACAAGGACCAUCGAGACUGUGAAGAGUUAACCCUUUCCCUCAGCCUGGCUUUGGCCCUGGCAGCCUGAGCUGCGGGUCUCCUGCUGAGCUGCCAGGCUUUGGGUGGGGGGUGCUGGAAACCAGCAGCAGAGCGGGGGAGGCCGAGCGGGGGCCGCCCCAGCCCCGUGUAGUACUCAGGGUUUGAUGCUGCCAGCAGGACGUUCCCGAGGGCAGUGCUCCAUCCUCCCCCAGCUCCACACACCAGCCAAAAACCCCCGGCCAGCCCCCAGCUUGCUCCCCCGGCGCUUCCAGGGGGGGAAAGCGAGCCGAGCCUGCUCCCGGGGCUGCGGGGAAGGCACGGAGGGUGGCAUGAGGGGAGGCUGCGUGUGCCUGCUCGUUCCAGGGGACUGCGAUCAGAUGUUCUCUCCAAACAGCUGCAGCAGCCUUGCUAACUAGUUUUCUUACCUAUUUAAAAGAGAGAAAAAAAUAAUAAAAUAAGUAAAUAAAAACAAAUGUGAUAGCCUAGGCGGUGGAUAAAUACCUCAACGUCUCCUUCCAACAAGUGUCUGUAUAUGUUGUUGUUGGGUUUUUUCUAUCUUACAGGUUAUCUGAAUGUUUAUAUUCCAAUAAACUUCUACCUCUUCACACCGUGA